AUUUAAAUAAGUAGCACCGCCAACUAAUCGGUGGAGAAUAACGUUUACCCUCGAGCAAGCCCUCCUCUUUUUUUAGCUGUCUUCCUCAAAUCCAUGAAUGGCAGCUCGAGGUACGAGUAGUAGUCUAAGAGCACACCUGAUUCUUCAAAGCUCUCUGGAACAAAGUCUAGUCGGAGACAGGCUAGUCCAUCAUGGAAUAUAUAUUCUUUGACACUUUACACUGGCUUAUUGGUAUUUCAGCAAAUCUAGACUCCUUUUCGAAAUUACUUAAUUCAUCUUGCACAGGCGCUUAAACAUCGAUUAGUAGUAAUGGAAGAGAAAAUCGAGGUAUUUCAAACGGAACAGGAGACUUUCAAUUUAUGUUUACAAUCGUAAUCAUAUAUUUGGGAAUAAAUCCACAGAGUCAAGUGAAGUUUCUUUGAAGAAAAGUGAAAAAAUACCAUUAUCUUAAAUUAAUACUUGUUCUACCGAAUUUUCAAAAAAAAAAACCGAUGGCGGUAUUUUAAAACAGAUGUGGAGAGGUGUCUCUAAUAUCACACAGAAAUUUUCGUGUUACUAUGAUCUAGUAUUCUAUGAUCUAGUAACCUCUCCAUCAAUACUAAUGCCACUCAAUUAAGCAUUCAGUAGACAGACCUAGAAAUUGUCAACAUAGCAGAUCUCGCGCGCAUCUGAAGGACAUUGGUCCGGAAAUUGAUAAACGAGUUCUCAAUUGAGAAACAGAUUGUUCUGCAAGGAUCCUAGGAGUCAUUCAACAAGACUUCAAGGGCCACAAAGAAAAUCCUCACAUCAGAUAAAAUGUGUUUGGACAUUUGUGAUUUGUUCUUUAAACUAUUCUGCUGUUGCUGCAUUUGUCCUGGAGAGGACUAACAAUCGCUUUUCUUGUAUGGAAUUAGUCCUGAAAUAAAGUUAUGCUCGAGCACGGUUUUGACACUUAAACAUUUAUUGUUGGGUGUAGCAUUAGAAAUGUAAUGAUUUAAAAGACAAGCCAUCCCAAUGGUAAUGGGAGCCAACAUUGGGACAUCAGUGACCAAUACCAUUGUGUCUAUUACGCAUAUUGGGGACCGGACUGAGUUCGAAAGAGCCUUUGCUUGUGCAGUGAUCCAUGAUAUCUUCAAUUGGUUGGCUGUAAUUGUUCUCCUGAUCGUCGAGGUCACAACAGGAUACUUGUUCCAUUUGACAUUGGCCAUCACUGAUGGGAUUUCGUUCCAAAAGGGCGAAAACCCUCCAGAUGUAUUGAAGGGGCUCACCCGACCAUUCACAGACAUCAUCAUCCACAUUGACAAGAAAAUUUUAGAAGGAUGGUCGUUGAACCAGACCGAGUACUUGAACGAGACGUCCAUCCUAAAAACCUGUCAUGUGAUGAAACCUCAAGACCUAAAUGGAGGUCAAAACGUGUCAUUUAGCGAUCCAGAAGUCAUGGAUAAACCAUGUGGGUACUUGAUGGCAUAUUUUGGAUUGCCUGAUGUGUGGCUGGGAGCGAUACUUUUGGUGUUCUCCUUGUUCCUUUUAUCCACGUGUCUGGUCAUAUUGGUCAAGAUCCUCAACUCCAUGAUGGAGGACAAAAUGGCUGCGGUGAUCAAACGAGUUUUGAACGCACAAAUCCCGUACGUCCCUUGGCUGACCGAUUACUUUGCCAUGCUCAUUGGCGCCAUUAUCACAUUUCUGGUUCAAUCCUCAUCCGUAUUCACGUCUACACUCACGCCUUUGGUAGGCACAGGUCUUUUCACCCUUGAAAGGGCCUACCCACUUACUCUAGGCUCCAACGUGGGAACCACGACCACGGGCUUAUUGGCGGCCUUGGCGGCAGAUGGAGAUCACUUGCAGGCUACCAUACAGAUCGCCUUGUGUCACUUGUUUUUCAAUAUAAGUGGUAUCUUGCUGUUCUUUCCCGUACCUUUCAUGCGCUGGCCGAUUCCGCUGGCCAAAGUUAUGGGUCAAACGGUGGCCAAAUAUAGAUGGUUUGCACUAUUCUACUUAGCUUUUAUGUUCUUCCUGUUCCCGCUUUACAUCUUUGGCUUGUCGUUGAUUGGACCCUUUGCCAUUUACAUUGGCUUCUUGCCGUUGCUCAUCUUGUCCAUCCUCAUUGGACUGAUCAAUGUGGCCCAAAGCAAGAGACCGUCCAUUCUCCCGGAUUGGUUCCACAACUGGGAUUUCUUGCCCGAAUGGAUGCGAUCACUCGAACCCGUGGACAGAAUACUGAACCACAUCAAUUGUUGUCGGAAAUACCAAGACCGAAAUGAGCCCCUCCAAGAUUUGCCCAAAAGUGCUCUGGAUGAGUUGGGAGAAGUCAAUGAUGCGUUUGAAAUGAGCAAUGACAAAGCUUAAUUGAGCACUCCGCACCACAACUUUUUUGCAUAAAACCUUUGCAGAUGUCGGGAAAGAACCAACUCGUACCUAAAAAAACAUACAAUCUGAUAAGAUUUGAACACUGUACUUUAGAACUUGAUUAAGUGUAUAAAUUGAUAUAUAAUAAUAAAGUUUAUUUCUUGGUCAUGUCUGACUGUAAAC